GUCAAACAAAUGAAAGAUCCAUUUGAAAGUGAUUUUGAUGUUUUUAGAUAUUGAUUUUAGGAAUUAUAUCUAACUUCUCCGAGUCCGUUCUGGUCCUUCCGGCCCCAAAACCAGAUAUACUGUGUUUCUUUAGGAGCUAUACAAUACAAUCAUUCAUCAUUCAGACACCAAGAAAAGAGGUAAUCAAAGCAAAUGGUUCAGAGGAAAGGAUCAACUAGGGUUUCGGAAGAUGCAGAAGAGCUGGUCCGCGUCCCUCUUCAGGCCAUUCUGUUGGCGGACAGCUUCGCCCAGAAGUUCCGCCCCAUCACCCUUGAACGCCCCAAAGUACUGCUGCCAUUGGUGAAUGUCCCCAUGAUAGACUACACUUUAGCUUGGCUUGAGUCUGCUGGGAUUGAGGAGGUUUUUGUCUUUUGCUGUGCGCAUUCGAAACAGGUUAUUAACUAUUUGGAGAAUUCCCAUUGGGUUUCUUUGCCGCACUUUGAGGUCACCACAAUAGAGUCACACAAUUCUGUCAGUGCGGGCGAUGCUCUGCGUCUGAUUUAUGAGCGGCAUGUGAUACAUGGAGACUUCGUCCUAAUUACUGGAGAUACAGUAAGCAACAUGUCGCUUACACAGGCACUUCAAGAACAUAAGGAUAGAAGGAAGAAGGAUAAUAAUGCUGUAAUGACUAUGGUUAUUAAACGGUCAAAGCCUUCUCCGAUUACUCAUCAAUCUCGACUUGGUACUGAUGAGCUGUUUAUGGCAAUUGAUCCUCACACGAAGCAGCUUCUAUAUUAUGAGGAUAAGGCAGACCAUUUGAAAGGCACUUUAUCUCUUGAGAAAAUGUUACUAGCCGACAAUCCUUCAAUUUCCCUCCACAAUGACAAGCAGGAUUGCUAUAUUGACAUCUGCUCGCCGGAAGUCCUCAGUAUUUUCACUGACAAUUUUGAUUAUCAACACCUGCGGCGUCAUUUCAUCAAGGGAUUGCUUGUCGAUGAUAUUAUGGGAUACAAAAUUUUCACGCAUGAAAUUCACUCAAAUUACGCGGCUAGGAUUGAUAACUUCAGAAGCUAUGACACCAUUAGUAAGGAUAUUAUUCAAAGGUGGACAUACCCAUUGGUACCAGAUGUUCAGUUUUUGGGAAAUUGCGCAGCUAAACUUGAAAGGCAGGGAAUGUACCGAGCAUUGGAUAUCGGGCAAUCACGUUCUGCACAGAUUGGUCCAUUUUCCAUCAUUGGAAAUGGAACCAAUAUUGGUGAUAACACAAAAAUUUCAAAUUCAGUUAUCGGGGAAAGGUGUACUAUUGGAUCAAACGUUUCAAUAGAAGGUUCCUAUAUAUGGGAUAAUGUUACAAUUGAAGAUGGCUGCGUGCUAAAACAUGCUAUAGUAUGCAAUGAUGUAAUAAUGAAGUCAGGAGCAGUUUUGGAACCUGGUGUUAUUUUGUCUUUUAAGGUUGUUAUUGGACAAGAAUUUGUUGUUCCUGCGUACUCAAAGGUAUCUUUACUUCAACAGCCAACAAAGCAAGAUAGUGAUGAGGAGCUGGAGUAUGCUGACCAUAACAGUGGGGUUGAAGAAAUUCCAUCAAUCACCAGUACAGUAGAUAAGUUGAAUGGGGUGUUGACAUGUAAAUUACCUGAGACAGAGGCUUGGUCUACUUCUGAGGUUGGUUCUGGUGGGGUUGGUUAUAUUUGGUCAAUUUGUGAAGGAGGUCAUGAAGAAGAGUGGAGGCACUCUGUUGCACCAACUCCUGCUGAUAAACUUACUGAGGUCAUGCAAGCCACAGAUGAUGACCUGGAGUUAACAACUCAAGGCAGCAAUGUUCUCCUACCUUCUGGAGAGUUGGUACCUGACUCUAACAGUAAUAUUUCUGAAGAUGACGAUAAUGAAGAUUCUAGAGAUGACUCUGUCUACUUUGAGAAAGAGGUAGAAGCAACUUUCCUUAGGGCUGUUCAUGAAAAUGUAAAAGAAGACCAUGUUAUCUUAGAAGUGAAUUCACUGCGGUUGUCAUACAAUAUGACAUCUGCUGACUGUGCUGGUGCAUUAUUCUAUUCAGUAAUGAAAUUGGCUUUAGAAACUCCAUGUAAUUCAAAUAGUGAAUUGCUUAAAAAUGUUGCUAGUGUAAUUACCAGAUGGCAAAAACUUAUAAAGUCUUACCUACAAAGCAUGGAUGAGGAGAUUGAAGUUAUACUGAAAUUUGAAGAAAUGUGUUUGGAAUCUGCCAAGGAAUUUUCUGCAUUGUUUGCACAGAUUUUGCAUAUUUUGUAUGAAAAAGACAUCUUGCAAGAAGAUGCUAUUCUCAAAUGGGCAUCUGAGAAGGAGGGUGCAGAAGAAUCAGAUAGAGUUUUUGUUAAGCAAUCAGAAAAAUUCAUCCAAUGGCUGAAUGAGGCAUCCGAGGAAGAAGAUUGAACAAAGGCCAUAUAUAUGCAUGUAUACAUAUAUAUUCAACAUGGCAGAUAGAUACUUCCAUGCAGGAUAUUCAUGUGAUCUUGAAAGCACAGUUGUAUCUGUGCAUCUUCUUUCAUAUGUAUGGCAGGUUGGGGAAAAACAUUUUGUCCAUCUCUGAAUUUUGAUGGAGCUUACUAUCAACCCUAGAGGAAAAAAUGAGUUGUUUUAUUGAUUACAAGUUUUUGUGAUAGGGUUUUUCCUAAUCUAUGGAAGGCUUAUCAAAUGUUUUUGAACUCGACA